UAAUGGACGUUCUCAAAGACCCAGUUAAUGAUAGAUAGGUGAAGACUCUAAAGCCUCCUCCUCAUAGACCACUCUCAAAAAAUCUGAUGUUUCCAGAUAAACUUAAAAGUACGUCAUAAUAUUUAAUUAUUUAGACAAACCAGAUUGGAAAUUAUUGAAAGAUCAUUUGUAAAGAGAAGGAAGAAUAGCUAAAGAAGAAUUAUUUAAAUUAGUUUCUGACUUCAAUAAAUUAUUAAGUAUAACUGAUAUUUUAAUUGUUAGAAAAUGAGGGAAAUGUUAUCUAUUUGCAAGAUCCACUUACUGUUGUUGGUGAUAUUCAUGGGUAUUUAAUUGAAUUAAAAUAGAUAAUAUUAUGAUUUAUUAAAAUUAUUAGAACCUAAAGUUGGUGGUAAUCCAGAAACGACAAAGUAAAAUAAUUUAUGAAUAUUAGAUAUUUGUUUUUGGGAGAUUUUGUGGACAGAGGAUCAUAUUCAAUUGAAGUAGUGAUUUUACUUUAUGCGAUAAAAUUAAAUUAUCCUAAUACAGUAUAUUUUUUGAGAGGAAAUCACGAAUGUCGAUAACUGACAGCAUUUUUUAAUUUUAAAGAUGAAUGUACUUAUCAUAAUAAUGAUAGGUCUUUAUAAAUAUGAUUAAGAAACUUAUGAAAUGUUAAUGGAUUCUUUUGAUUUAUUUCCAUUAGCAUGUAUAAUAAAUUCAAAAUUUAUAGCAAUUCAUGGAGGAAUAUCACCUGAUUUAAAAUCAGUAAUAAAUGAAAUAAUAUUUAGAUUGAAGAUAUAAAGAAAUUAGAUAGAUAUCAUGAGCCACCUCGUAGUGGAUUAUUUUGUGAUUUAUUAUGGAGUGAUCCAGUAGAUCAAGAUUAAGGAAAUUUAGAUGGUCAAUGGAAAAGUAAUGAAGUACGUGGAUGUAGUUGGUUCUUUGGGAUUGAUGCAAGUAUGAAAUUCUUGUAAAGAAACAGUCUGAUUAGUAUCAUUAGAGCUCAUGAAGUAAGAAAGUGUAAAUAUUCAGGCAUAACUUGAUGGAUAUAAAAUGCAUAGAUGGAAUGGGGGAUAAGAUUUCCCAGUUGUUAUAACAAUAUUUAGUGCUCCAAAUUAUUGUGAUGUUUAUAACAAUAGAGGAGCAGUAAUAAAAUUUGAAGUAAGAUUAUUUAUUAUAUAAAAUUGAUAGAAUAAUACUCUAAAUAUUUAAUAAUUUUAAUAUACUCCACAUCCAUAUUUACUACCAAAUUUUAUGGAUAUAUUUACUUGGUCAAUACCUUUCGUGGCUGAAAAAAUAACAGAAAUGCUUUAUAAUUUAAUUUAAGCUGGUGAUUAAGGUGAUGAUGAUGAUGAUGUCAAUUAAGAAGAUAUUGAAUAAUUCAAAUAAUUAACAAAUUAAAAUAAGUAGUAUAAUAAGUAACAAUCAGGUGGUUCUACAGGAAAAAGUAAAAAUAUUUUAUUAAAUUUUAAAAAAGGUACUGAGAAAUUGAAAAAUAAACUUAAGUUUGUAGCUACAAUGAUGAAACUUUAAAAAACACUUAGAGAAGAAAGUGAAAGUGUUAUGAAAUUAAAAGGAGCUUGUCCUGAUAAAAGAUUACCAAAAGGCAUACUUUCAGCUGGCAAAACAGCUAUUACAGAUGGUAUUAUAUUGAAUUAUAUAUUUUAGCACUUGCUGAUUUCAAUGUUGCCAAAAAUGCUGAUAUAGUUAAUGAAAAAAUGCCAGCUCAAGCAUAAAUUCCUUAAUAAUCUAUAUCAAUUAAAAAACCAAGUAAUAAUACCCCACAACCAAAGAAAAAAUGAGAAUCAAAUUCUAUCCAACAAAUAUUCAAAUAUAG